UCUCCUCACAAGCGAAUGACGAUUCCCCUCAGAACGCCGAGCCGGCGCUGCGCAGGCGCGGAACCUCUCUUAGGCCCCGCCUUCCGGGGGCGGGGCGGAGCGGCUGCCGCUCCCCGGCGGAGCCUCCCCGCUGUUCUCCCGGCCGCUGCGCCGGUUGUGUCUCCCCGUUUCCUGGUCGCCGCGGCUCCUCCGCCCUCGCAUGGCGAAUGGGAGGCGCGGCAGGGACCGGGUGCCGCCGGCGCUGCUGGGCGGCCCCUUCGACGCGCGGGGGGCCGAGACGGAGGCGGAGUCGGCCGAAGAGGAGGUGGUAGUGGCGGCGACGCCGCUGCGGUUGCCCUCGGUGCCGUCGACGUCGUCCUUGCGCGGCGACGGAGGGGUCGCCUGGCCCAGCCGCUUCGUCCUCUGCCUCUACGCCGUGGGCUUCCUGGAUUUCUUUGGUGUCAGCAUGAUUGUCCCCUUAUUAAGCCUUCACAUCAAGUCUAUAGGAGCAAGCCCAACAGUUGCAGGAGUGGAUCUUUAUAUGGCGUUCUGCAGCUCAUUUCCAGUACCUUAGUGGGAUCCUGGAGUGAUGUGGUGGGAAGACCUUAUUGCCUACUUGUCUGCAUUAUCUUCAGCGCAUUGGGUUAUUUUAUGCUUAGUGUCUCCAGCAAUGUGGUUUUAUUUGCUGUUGCCCGGAUUUUUGUGGGUAUUUUCAAACACACACACUCAGUUUCCAAAGUUCUCAUCUCUGACUUGGUUUCUGAGAAGGACCGACUCCGAGUAAUAGGACAUUUCAACGCUGCUGCCAGUAUUGGUUUCAUUCUGGGGCCUGUUGUUGGAGGCUACCUUACAGAGCUCGAGGGUGGCUUUUAUAUCACAGCUUUCAUCUGUGCUUCCAUCUUCAUCUUGAAUGCUGGUCUUUUCUGGAUUCUGCUAUGGCUCGAAAAGAAAAAGCAUGGUAACGACUGGAGCAUUAUUAACCCAGUAAAAGGCAGUCCCUUACCAGUGGCAAAGCUCAGCGUGCAGAAGGACCCUCUAUCUCGCGAAGCCACAAGGAACAGUACACACCCCCAGACCUCUUGGGCUCAGAUUGUCUCUGUGUUGAAGAGGAUUCGCAGCAUUACCCGUUCCGAUCUGCGGGACGUCUUCUUGGUACGGCUACUGAUGUCGAUCGCAGUCAUGCUUUACCAUAGCAAUUUUGUCUUGGCACUUGAAGAGAGGUUUGGGAUCAAACCUAAACUCACCGGUUACCUCAUAAGCUACAGCAGCGCGCUUGGAGUGGCUGCUGGCUUUCUGCUCGGACCAAUUACAAGACUAUAUAAGCACAAUACCUACGCCAUCUUACUGCGGUCCACCAUCUUCACCUGCGUGCUCACGAUGAUAUAUUCUCUCUCGAAGAACGUAUGGGCGGUGGUCCUGUCCUCCACCUUUUUAGCAUUUUCGACCACCAUCGGACGUACUUGCAUUACUGAUCUCGAGCUGACUUUGGGGGGGAACCACGCCAGUGGUAUGCUCAUAGGUGUCGGUCAGUCGGUCUCGGCCAUCGGCCGCAUACUUUCCCCUCUUCUGUCAGGAAUCGCCCAGGAGUUCAGCCCUUGUGGGCCCCCCAUUCUCGGGGGCCUGUUGGGAUUUAUAGCUGUUCUCAUCAUGGUCCUCAACAAAUCACGAUACACAGUCAUCAGGGGCGCCAGAGUUAAAAUGAGAUAAGCUGUUAGUGCUGCUACUUAAAAAAAGCAACACAACUGAGAGAAAUGAAAAUGUUAAGGGUUCAGGAGGACUGUUGUUGGGACGCUUUAUAACGAAACACUAUAGCGUCAAGGAAAGAACAGUUCCCUUAUAUUUCAUCCUGACCAGUAAACUUAACAGGUAAAUUUGAGGCUGGUGAAGAGGCGUUAAUUCACACAGCUAAUAAGAAAUCUUGCUGGUUGUAGUGCAAAGGGAAAGUUGCUGAACAUUACAUCUAUUCAAAUAAUUUAAAAUUGUGAUUAAAAUCCUGGUGUAGGUUUUUUAAAAACAAGUAUGACAAUAGGACUAGAGCCUGACUCCAGGUAUCUGGUGUCAUUCCAAAAGAAAAAAGGAGAAUGGAAGAGGUGUUAUCCAUUUCUGCUGUGGUCCAGUUAGAUCUCAAAAUGUGGGGCAGACUUCCUUCAAGCCUCACACAUCGUUGCCAAAAGAUGCAGGGCAAGGUCUGGACUUUCUGCAGGGCUGUGGUCCUUGUAUAUGUUUGCAGAGGAAUGAAUCUUUAGUUAACAUGCAAUUAUUAAAGGUGGUGUUCUACUAGUUGUGCCAUCUUGGUUUGAAACAAUUCUAACACUGAACACUUACUGGGGAAGGGGACCUUAAUGACAAAUGUGCUUUCGACUUGAGAAGAAUACUACCACUCAGGGUCAUCAGCAAAGCUGCAGCAAAGACUCAAAAGCAGGAAGAGUCCAUAUUGGGGGUUUUCAAGGAGUUUCCUACCUCCUCCUUUGCUACAGGACAUCCUAAGCAAGUCGGUUCCUCUUUAUUGUGGUUUACCGAAGUGUUGUGUUUCAAGGAAUGCAUGUUUCCUUUAUACUUGAAAUAGUACAGGAAUGGGGAAAGGCUGCUCUCUGCAGCAGACAUCCUUAAAGGAGGCUUGUGACGGCGGCCACAUAUUUAAAAGAGAGUUUUAACUUGCUUGGCGGCAAUUUUGUUGUUGAGUUUGGGGGCUUGGAGGAAUUACCUGGUCAGGUUUGUCAGGAGCAUUGGUUUCGUACCAAGUGUAAUAAUGUGCUGUAACAUGAGAGCAUUGAAGCUGGAAUCUGUAUUACAUGUAACUCAAACCUCAAGAGCCACAAACCUUAAACUAACGGUAUGCCUUUUUGAAAACAAGUAGAUGGAGCUUGCUUCAAAAAUAUAUAGAUAGUGAUGUCCCUGUUUUGUAUUCAUCCAUCUUUGGUCAGCUGCUUGAAAUAGAAACAAUUGUCCAAUCAACUCCAGCUGAAAUAUAAUGAAAUAUGGCCUGCUUUUUAGUUAAAAUGGCACUGGCACAGGCUUGUACAACUUGGUCCCACUAAGAUUAAUGCAUAUUGUAGACUGCAAUCUGAGGGAGGCAGCAAAAACAAGAACGCUUGGUAGGCUGCACUCAUUUAAUAAAACAGAUAAGAAUAAAAUGUGAUGCAUUUACAAAACAGGCAAGAUAGAAUUGUCAUCUGUACUAAGGCUGCAAUUCUAAGCGUAUUUAUUUAGGGCCUAACUACAUAUUGCACGCAAAAGCAAGGAAAUGAACCUUGAUGGCCUCACCAUCCCGAAAAGCUAGUUGGCAAGGGAUGAUGUUGAACAUUUUUUCUGCUUGCUGCUUUUGCACUCCAGGUUGCACCUCUUCCGCUUUUACUCUCCACACCCUCCAAAUGAAAGUCCAGUUGCAUUUGUCAUAAAAUUUAAGGCUAGAAUUUCAAAGCAUGUGAGAGUAGCUGUGGUGAGAUGGGGAUCAGAGCAAAGAGGUGGUGAGCUGGGAGCUGGUUAAGUACCUCUGCCCAAGCGUAAAUGCAUUCUGUUCUUAGGAACCUUUGCUUGCUUUAGUGCCGUCCAGGAAGAGGCUCAUUCCUAGGGAAAUGUGCAUAUGAACAUUUACCUGCUCACAGUUCAAAACUGGUCUGCAAAGUUUCUUUUGAAACUGCGAGCUCAGAAAACAACUACUUACAUGAUGUAGCAGAAUAAAUAUUUAGGAAUCAUUUUUCAUAUCUGUAGAGCAUUUGGGACAAAGAACAUCCGUAAAAAGAGUCCCUCAGGGAUGCAUUGUACUUUGUUUGAAGGCAGUUUACAAUGGCUUUGCAUUGUUCUCUUGAAAGUUAAGAGCUCUUGGAGUUACAUAACAAUCUUGGUAACCGGAAAUAAAAGGGAAAAGAAUGUC